AUGUUCGGCGGAUCGGAGAACGAUGAUGCCGCCGACCCGGUGGUCGACGUCAAGACUAGCGAGGACGUUCAGUUCUUCGAUGCGGCGCCGAAAAACUUCUCCAUCCCGACUGUGCGCACCUGGUACGAGGACACUUGUAUCACGGCCUCGGAACUACCAGACCUCGACGAGUACCACGUCAUCGCUUUCGAAGGCUUGCUCCAAGCCGACACGGCCGAGUACGUGCAUCACCUCGUCUUGACCGGGUUUUAUGGUGCAUCUGACUGCGGGAACGCCUGCAACGAGUGGCUGGAUGAAAUGUUCGGGGGCGACGAUAGCUCCUCCUCCUCCUCCUCCUCCUUCUCCUCCUCCGUCGAAGGAGGAGAAGAAGGCGCUUCGUCCUCGAGCCCCUCUGGUUCCUCCUAUCCUUCGGACGACUCAUCGUCAGUGUCCUUCACCGAGUACUUCGAAAAUCUCAACAUCACCGUCCCCUCCUUCUGCAGCAACUACGGCGACUUCGCGGACAUCUUCCUAUGGGCUCCCGGAACGAGCAACCUAGAGCUGCCCGACGACGUCGGGUUCCUGUUCGGCAACGAAUCUGGCGGUUUCAACUCCCUGAAUAUUCAGACCCACUACAACAACCCGGACGGGGUGAGCGGCAAGAACGACAGCUCCGGCGUGCGCGUGUACUACACCGAGGAGCUGCGGCCGAUCCAGAUGGGCGUACUGAAGCUCGGAGAUCCGUUCGUCGCCCUAUAUGACCAACCCUUGCCGGAGGGCAAGUCCAGCUUCUCGUUUGGUUGCCCGGGUACUUGCUCCGAGACAAACUUCGAGGAAGAGGAGGUUACCAUCUUCAAUCACGUGCUCCACAUGCACGAGAACGGGCAGCGGAUGGUGACACACCAGUACCGGGACGACGGCGAGGGCAACGAGGAGCUGAUCCACACGACCGAAGUCGGGUACUACUCCUUCCUGCAGGCCGGCGCGCACGUCGUAACCGUCAACGGCAGCGCCACCAUCAAAAAAGGAGACAGUUUCACGACGCAGUGCAUGUACGACACGUCUCUCUCUUCGGUUGACCCGGCCAACGUAACGUUCGGUGAAGGGUCGGAACAAGAAAUGUGCAUCGACUACAUCUUCUACUAUCCUGAUCAGAGACUGCCAGACGGGGGAGCGUGCGGGGUCUUCGCGUGCGAUGGCGGCAUUCUGGGCUAUGCGGAGCUGGAAGCCGACUCCGACUUCAACCGCACGUUCGGGAUAGUGGACACGUGCACCUCGAGCUUACCGGGGGAGGAGGAGGGAAGCGACUCAAGCUCCUCGUCACGUGCGGCCCAGCCCCUGCUCGGACUGAUGUUUGCGGUUUCCACUGUCAUCGCAGCGCUCUCGCAUGAGAUUAUCAUGCCGUAGACUAGUAGCUGCCUGCAGAACACCUCGCCAAUGGGUUCAGAAUGCGUUUUCGGCUUGAAAAAGAAGUGGGCAAUGUUUGUGUUGAGUCGGUGCCAUGUCAUCUAUUCGAAGCGUGUGGCGUCAGCACGCUCAUGCCAUAUCAUUGGGUGAAGAGUUGUUUUAUGAUGCGCUGUCAAUUUGCCGCCAAAUUGCUGGCGUGGCCCGGGUGGUUCGCUGCCUUCGCAAGGGUCCACAAGUGACCCAUGAAACGUUUUCCUGUCGUUGGAGAUCAAGGAUUAGGAGGUAGGACAUGCAGUUGAUAGAGGCGCGUUCAUCACACCAACCACAAUCACGUUGCACGCAAACGCACGUGUCUGUUGUCCAUGCGUACGGGAUUUCGGAGCAAUUGCAGUACGUCGGUGGGUUAGGUGUCUUGGCUAAUGUCAAGGCCGCUCAAGACCGAAACUAUUCGUAUUGUUGUGCUCCACUUUUUUUGAGUCACUCAGUACCUUCUAGUAUCCGUUCUCGUCCAGCGGACCGACGGUCAUGCACGGUUGGUUGAAUUUAUAAUUUGUGAAGCUCUUUCCAAACGCCAGGAUCGAUUACGACUCGCUUGGGGAGUCCCAGUCAGGGGCCAUGCCGAGUCGGCCCUUCAUGGGUCAUGAUUGUUGAAAGUCAGUCUUGUAGGGGAGAGGCUAGGGAGGCUAGUCAGAAAGCCUUCCCCUCGUCGAUAUUUUUAGUCACAUUUCAAUUGGGUGGGGUGCGGACAAAGUCCGGGU